CCUACUUCGUUCACUCACCGAUCUCAUCGUUCACUCACCGAUCAGUGGCUGAAACGUUGAAUACAUUGCAACAUGUAGGCUGCAUACUACUCAUAUUGUAAUCUUUUUUUUGUUAGGGCUACUCUUAUAUAAUAUGUGACUUAUUUUAAUUUGUCAAUCACUUUAGUGAGCUACAUAACCAUUCGAAAAUGUCAUGGGGUCACGGCAUUAGUUUUUGAAGAGCCAUUGACUUGAUGAAUCUGACCUCUACAAGUACUUUCUUUUCAUUUUUUAGUAUUCACUGCCCAUAUAGUAACUUACAAGUAAUUCAGAAAUUAUAAUAAUUAAUUCUUUCUUGUUAAGUUUUAAUAACUACAUUUCCAAUGUGUCUUGAACUGUUUUAUUUGCUUAUCGGCUUUAUAACCUCAUUCUGUUGUAUUUUGUUGAAUUCUUGCCGGCGUCCUACAAACUAUCCACCAGGUCCGAAGUGGCUUCCAUUUGUCGGUAAUACGCCAUUGCUGAAGAAGCUUAGUAGGAAAUUGGGAGGGCAGCACAAUGCACUUUCAUAUUUGGCAGAAAAAUAUAACAGCAAUAUUAUUGGACUCAAACUUGGCAGUCAGCUUUUUGUAGUUGUAAACUCAGAAUCGCUCAUCAAGCAAGUGUUUGCCAGAAAUGAAUUUCAAGCCAGGCCAGACAACUUUUUCAUACGUCUCCGCUCAAUGGGAGAAAGGAAAGGUAAGAUGAAAGUUAUUUUUUAGUAUAGGCCUAGCUAC